AUGGCUCCCAGUGCUUUCUCCAGUUUCGCAUGCUCUCAGCAGCCGAGCUUUAUCCAAACUUGCAUCGAGCCGAUAGUCCCAUUUAAGCCUUCUGCGCCCUCCUCCACUGCGUUGUCAUCUUGCAAUACCUUAAAACCAACCAGCGACUCUUUGCAAACUUCGUUGACCUUGAAACAGCCGGAUAUAACGCCUACUCAGCUCAUUUCUAUCCCACCAAUAUCGAUUGAAUCAUCAUCUUCUGUAAAAGAAUCUGCGACAAGCGAUUUUGGUAGCAUUUGGCGUGAAGAUGCAUCUCGACUGAACAUAAGUCUCGAUAACCUUGGUAAAGGCUUCGCUGCUAUGGAGCUCCGACCUACUCUCAAUAUGCUUCAACAACAGAGCAAAAAUUCUGGCCUAUCUUUUUCUCCGGAUGCUGGAACUCGGAAAAAGGAUUUGAGUGGUAAUUUCGCUAUUCUUUUUUAUAAUCCAUUGUUUAUUUAUGCGAACUGA